AUGGCUGCGUCCAGCUGGCUGCUCUUGUGUUUGUUGAGGGGCGCCAUCGCCGCGGCCUCGGGCUCUGACGAUCCGAGUCCCCCGCAGAUCUGCAGCGGCUGCUGCGCCGGCUCGGUGCGGAACAGCUCCGCGGUGGCCGCCUUCUGUGGCGCUCGGGAGGGCGCGGAAGUCCUGGGCCGCUGCUGCUUGGAGCGGGAAGCUGUCGUCGGGCUGGAUCUGGGGAACUGCUCGCUGCAUCAGCUGUGUCCCAGCUUUCAGGAGGCCAGCACGGCCAGUGUCAUUGAUCUGACCAACAAUCCAUUGGAUCAUCUCCCAGAAGAUGUCUUCCGGGGAUUCACCCAGCUGCAAACUCUAGCUUUGCCAGCAGAGUUGGAUUGUCCUGGAGGCAACAACAUAUGGGAUAAUGUCACCACCCAAGGAAGCAGCCGGAUCUGCCACAGCCAGAGGAACCCCUGCAACGGCUCUGGAGGAUAUGGUUGGCUGUGCCCUGAGGACUCGAUUUGUGCUCCUGACGGACCUGGCCUGCACCUGUGCCUUUGCGAAGGCCCAUACCAUGGCUACAAAUGCUUGCGCCAGGGGACCUUUCCGUACCCGAUGUUCUAUGGGACUUUGGGAGCUGUCACCACCAGCCUCUCCAUCCUGCUGUGGGUCACCCAGCGGCGCAAAGUCAAAACCUCGUAAUGGCCCAUCCCUGCUGAGGAGACAGCUUUUUCUCUAGCCUGUUGCUAGGGCUGUGGCCUCUCUGUUCCUUGGUCCUUUCAGUUCGAUGGCUUCCAGCAGUGGUCCCUCGUUUUCCUGUGCAGUCCUCCCUGAUGUGAAACCCUUGAUCUGAGCAGUUUCAGGAGGUUAGCCAUGCUGGGCUGAGCAGUCACACAGGGGCUGGUUGACAUUUGCAUGAGCCACCGUCUCUUGCUUGUCUACACUCAGACCGAAGCACAGUGAAACAGGGCACGGAUCCGGCACCUUGUUUGGCUCUUUCCAGCAAGAGGACUGGGGGGAUCAGUUUUUUUGCUUUUCCGCUGGACCAGUACCUUUGGGUUUCCUGUCAAAUUUGUAAUAAUCACAAGUGAACCGGCCUCUGCUGAUGGUGUGCGGAGGAACUGCCUUGGUUGCCUGGAAGCGUUUCAGCAAUUGCUUUGACUGUUGAGAAGACAGCUUUCCAACUUCCUGAUGCUGAGGAAGAGGCAUUGCUGACCAGCAGGCCAUGCUCCUUGUUCCUUCAAACGUGGACUUCUUGUUCCAUUGCUGUCGGGCUUCUAAAAGACGCCUCAAGCCGCUUAGAGGGACAGAAAUGGAGACUUCCAAGCCUCCCUUCCAGCCUCACUGUACAGCAACAAUGAAUUUUGGGUCCUGAAGAACCGCUGUAUCUCAGGAUAAACAAGUCUGGGUGUUUUCCCCAUGAGUGAGCUGUUCUGCAGCCAGAGGAUCAUUUUGUAAACAGCUGUGUGGAAGCUGGUAGUACAUGACCAUCCCUCGCUUUUUGCCUCUCCAGUUCCAUCACUUGAAAUGCACAUGUUCUCUUAAACGUUUCUCCCUUGUCCCCUUGCUCCCCUCUGCCUACAUGCUCCUCCCAGAACACCUGCUUGAUGCUGCCUCUCUCUGCCCCUUCACAUCUGUCCACAAGACCUAGUGAGCCCUUUGGUUCCCUCCUAGAGUCCUUGUCCAUCCCUAGAAUUUAGCCUGGACAGUUGCACAUAUGCAUCCCCGUUGUCCUUGGAUCAUCCUUCCCUCUCUGCUGGAACAGAGACGGAAAGGCUCUUUUUUUUGGUUAGUCUUUGAAGUGACCUGAACAUUGAGGGCAUAAUAGGAAAAAUAAAUUACUAUCAAUAAUGGCUGGGGGGGGCGGGAUAGCUUGUAGGCCUGGCUUUGGCCUCGUCUUUAAGCCCUGUUGAGUUCAUGCAGGAGCCCCUCAAGCUUGUCGUAUGCAGACUGGGGAGGAGCUGUGGUUCAGUGGAAGAGCCUCUGUUUUGCAUGCAGAAGGCCCUAGGUUCAAU